UCCAUCUCUCAACACGUGAAACGCGUUUUGAAUUUACCUUUUGUGUUUUGAAUGCUGCCAUGGGUUUAACUAAACAAUAUUUGGCCUACAGGGCUAUAGACAGCUUCAAUAUCAUCACCUCCGGACGUGCCAAUGUGAACUUUGCCAUUGUGGACAAGACGGAGGGCCGAUAUGUGGCUGCUCCCGCGGCUGAGAACGUGAUCGUGUGGGAUUUGAGAAUGGGCGACCGCAAGCUGACCCUGCGUCGGGAAAAGUUCGAGGUCACCUGUUUGAGGGUCUCACCGGAUCACCUGCACAUCGCCGUCGGCUACGCGGAUGGCAUGGUCCAGAUCUUCGAUCUCAGCUCGGACAGGUACUACGAUCCCAUUUGCACGCUGGCGCUGCACAAGAACGCGGUUAGCAUCCUGCGCUACGAUCUGCAGGGCAUGCGCCUGGUCAGCGGCGGUCUGGACACCGAACUGGUCGUCGUCGAUGUGGUGGAGCAGGCGGGAAGAGCUCGGCUGAGCGGUCACAAUGCCGCCAUCACGGAUGCCCACUUCCUGCAGCGGCUGGUGGAUGAGAGUAUCGUGGUUAGCUGCUCGAAGGACACGCAGAUCAAGUUCUGGAACCUGGAGACGCAGUUCUGCUUCAAGACCAUCGUGGAUAAUCGCACAGAGGUCUGGGCAUUGGCCUUUAUUGGCGAUCUAAUGGUUGCGGGAGCCGGCGAAAGUGGCAUGAAUGUUUACCGGCUGAGGAAGCAGGAUGGCGCAAUUACAGGCACCCUGGAGUCGGCUGUCGAGGGUCUUUCCAUUGAGGACGAGGACACCAUAAGUCCCAUCAGCGUGAGCAACUGCGGCGUAAUUCAGCGAGCGGGAAAGGGUCGCACCGUCAACCUGGUGACCGAUCCCAGUGAACGGGUGCUCAGCUGCCACGGAACCAACGAUCUGAUUGAGAACUUUUACAUCUGCACGGCGGAGGAGGUGAAGAAGCGUCUGGCCAAGCGCCUGAAGAAGGAGAAGAAGGAGGAGGGCUCCGAAGAGGCCAAGUCGCUGAGCGAUGAGAUCAAGCGACUGGAAAGCAUCCGAGCCAAGCAGAAGAUCAAGUCGAUUGAUGUGGUAUUGGGCCAGAAUCAGGAGCUGCGCGUCCUGGUCAGUUUGGCCAACAACAGUCUGUCUUUGUACUCGCUGGAGGCGUCUAUAAAGUCCCGCAAGGCCGCCGAUCCCAGCGUGAAACUGCUAAGGUCGCUCACCCGUUUGGGUCACCAGUCCGAAGUGCGUUCCGUGUGCUUCAGCAAUGAUUCUUUGGCCGUGGGCUCGGGCGCCGGGGAAUCCUUCAAGUUCUGGGAUCGCGAUGCCAUGCAGUGCCUGCGAACGGUGCCCACGGAUUACAUUCUCUGCUCAAAGUUUGUGCCCGGCGAUCACUACGUCCUGCUGGGCAUGAAGAGCGGCAAGUUGCUUAUUGUAGACGUGGCUGCGGCGGAUAUUGUGGAGGAGAUUCCCGCCCACGAAAGCGAACUGUGGUCCAUUGCCCUGCUGCCCGAUCAGAAGGGCUGCAUCACUGGCAGCGGCGACAGCACGCUGAAGAUCUGGACAUUCGAGCUGAUCGAUGCCGGCGAGGGAGCCGCGCAGACAAAGGUGCUCUCCCUGCUGCACAAAAACACUUUGAAGCUGGAGGAGACCGUUCUUUGCGUAGCUGUCAGUCCGGACAUGAAAUACCUGGCUGUGGGAUUGCUGGACGCCACCGUAAAAAUCUUCUUCCUGGACACAUUCAAGUUUUACCUCUCCCUGUACGGUCACAAGUUGCCGGUGCUCUGCCUGGACAUCUCCUACGACUCCAAUCUUAUUGUAACUGGGUCAGCAGAUCGAAAUGUGAAGGUGUGGGGCCUGAACUUUGGCGACUGCCAUCGCUCCAUCUUUGCCCACGACGAUUCGGUGAUGAGUGUGCAGUUUAUACCCAGGACACACAUGUUCUUCACCUGCGGCAAGGAUGGCAAGGUUAAGCAGUGGGACGGGGAUAACUUUGAGAAGAUUAUUACCUUGCCUGGCCACAUAGGCGAAGCCUACUGCCUGGCUGUCUCUCCAAAUGGAAGGUAUUUGGUUACCUGUGGCUCUGAUAGAACUCUGCGGAUGUACGAGCGAACGGAGGAGACGAUUGUGCUGAAGGAUGUGCAGGAGGAGGAGCGCGAGCAACUGGAGAACGAGCAACUGGCCACGGGGGAGGACAACACAGUUCCCCUGCUCCCCGGACUCAAGAUGCCCUCGCGCAAGACAGUGGGCUCUGAGCAGUCUGCCGAAUCCAUCCUCGAAUGCCUGGAAAUAUCGAAGCAAUUCGAACUCGAGGCGGAGGACAAGCCGGAGUUGCAUCCGCUGAUGCAGGCGCUGCAGGUUAAGAAUCCCCAGGAUUUCCUCGUCAGCACCUUUAUGCGGAUACGUGCCUCCGAUUUGGAAGAGGCUUUGCUUCUGCUGCCCUUCUCCACCGUCUGCGAAGUUCUCGAGCGCCUGCCCACUCUGCUCACCCAGCGACCCGAUCAACUGGAGCUUCUGUGUCGCGUCACCAUCUUCCUGUUCAAGGUGCACAUGAAGCCCAUUUCGGCGGCCAAGAAUAUGAAGCCGCUGCUCGUCAGGCUCCUCGCGAUGCUCAAAAGGGAUGUUGGCCAACUGCGGGAUGUCUUGGGUUGGAAUCUGCAUGGGUUGGCACUGCUGCAAACGGAAGUGGAGCAGCGGGAUGGCGUCCAGCUCUUCCGGGAGGCCACACAGGCGCGCAAGAAGCGGGAGAAAAAGCGCAGGGAGGCCAGCAAAAGGAGGCUGCAGAUUCAAAUGGUUUGA